AUGAGCUCUGGCCAAUGCGGCUCGGUCUGGGGGAUGGCGAUGCUGCACAGGCACAGGCAUCACAGCGUCGGCGUCGUCAUCAAGCGCGAGCAUGCAGGUCCCGGCAGGUAUCUCAAGAACGAGGCUACGCUUCAGCGGCAAAUAUUCACCGCAGCAUGGAGCCUAAAGCUCACCUCGGUGCCACAGUGCUUCCAUCUCGUAGACCAGGAAGACGACGAAAGAUGGCGCGAUCUUCUGCUAAUACUGCCUGCUGGCCAGGGAAAAUGCACAACCAUGAUCGCCGAGAGAAUCACUGCAGUGUCGAGACAAGCGCAGCUACUCCUCGUCAAGAAGUACAACUGGACGUCGACUCGCCACCGGCUCAUGCAAACGCUCGAGUCUAAUGCAUACUACACCCACUGCUUAGUUCACCUCUAUCUUGGCCGAAGACGAUCUUGUAGUCUAGGCGUGCCCGCCACACGGCCGCAGGUCUUCACGCUCUGCAACUUUCCUCUCCACGCCGACCAGAUGGAAGAGCUCCAGCUGCCUUGUCCAAAGUAUGCCAAGGCCAUGGCCGAAUCAUUAGCAAUGUUGCACUGGGAGAUGAGAUUAAGCGGCGCUCGCGUCAAGUUUGUGCUCGGAGGACGCAGAGGAGCCAUAAGGAUGAGUGCAAGCACGCCUCUUGCAGAAAGCACCGUCUGGAUGUUCGAUUUUGACCGCCUCAGGCCUAUUCAGGCAAAUGUAUCCGGUCUAAUAUCGAUCGCGAGGGCCUUUUGGCGCAAUAGCCCUUAUUGCCCUCGGCCGGAUAGCACCUUGUGGAACAUCUUUGCCGAUGAGUAUCGACGAGUCGGCAAGGAAAAAGUCCAAGCUUAUCCUCGACAUGGAGAAUGUGUGGAAACCUUGUGCGACUUGGUUGAUGGCGCCUUGAACAUGAUCGCCAUGGGUCAAAAGAUGUGGACCAUUAGAGGGCGGUUUUAG